GGGGCCGGCCGCCUGUCAGAGGGAGGUGGCGAUGGUGCGCCCGGUGGCGGCUGCGGCGGCUUCCCCGGUCGGAGGGCAGCGCGGAGACGGUGACUGACCGACCGGCCGGCCGACUGAAUGAAUGAAUGGCGGAGCCGAGCGCGCCAUGAGGAGCCUGCCGAGCCUGGGCGGCCUCGCCCUGUUGUGCUGCGCCGCGGCCGCGGCCGCCUCAGCCGCCUCGGCGGGGAAUGUCACCGGCGGCGGCGGGGCCGCGGGGCAGGUGGAAGCCUCGCCCGGCCCGGGGCUGGGGGGCGAGCCCGGUCACCCCGUCCCUGAGGCCCCGGCUCCCACGGCCCGGGCCCCCAGGACUGGAGCCCCGCGCGCUCCUGCCCAGCGCCCCUUGGCCGCGUCCGCCUCAGCCCCGCUCCCCGAGACCACCCGUCCCCGCGCGACCGCCGGACCCGCUCCCGCCAGCGUCCCGGCGCCGCCCGGGCCCGCGCCGCCCACCGCUCGCACUGCGGAACGCGCGCCCGCCGCCCCCCGGGCCACGGCCGGCCCCGAGCCGACCACCCUCUCGACGACCGCGGGCCCGGCGCCCACCACCCCUGGAGCGCCCACCGCUCCCGCGCCCACCGCUGCGCCGACCCCGGGGCGCAGCAGCGGCAGCAGCGGCAGCAGCAGCAGCAGCAGCACCUUCCCUCCCACCCCACCUGCCACCGAGGCCCCCUCUCCGCCUCCCCCAGAAUAUUUAUGUAAUUGCUCUGUGGCUGGAAGUCUGGAUGCGAAUCACUGCAACCAGACCACAGGACAGUGUGAAUGUCACCCAGGUUAUCAGGGGCUGAGCUGUGAAACCUGCAAAGAGGGCUUUUACCUGAAUCACACUUCUGGGUUCUGUCUGCCAUGUCACUGUAGUCCACAUGGAGCCCUCAGCAUACUGUGUAACAGUUCUGGGAAAUGCCAGUGCAAAGUGGGUGUCAUUGGCUCUACGUGUGAUCGUUGCCAAGAUGGAUAUUAUGAUUUUAGUAAGAGUGGUUGCUUGCCCUGCCAAUGCAAUAAUCGAUCUGCCAGUUGUGAUGCCCUCACAGGUGCUUGCUUAAAUUGCCAAGAAAAUAGCAAAGGAGAUCAUUGUGAAGAAUGCAAAGAAGGAUUUUAUCAGAGUUCUGACACCAAGAAAGAAUGUCUUCGCUGCCCUUGCUCAGCAGUGACAUCUACAGGCAGCUGUAUCAUGAAAUUGGGUGAAUUAGAACCUAAAUGUGUCCAGUGUAAAGAUGGCUACACAGGCCAGAACUGCAAUAAAUGUGAAAAUGGCUAUUACAAUUCUGACAGCAUUUGUAUAAAGUGCCAAUGCCAUGGCCACGUGGACCGCAUUAAAACUCCAAAAAUCUGUAAGCCUGAGAGUGGUGAAUGCAUCAACUGUCUCCAUAACACCACUGGAUUUUGGUGUGAGAACUGCCUAGAAGGUUAUGUUCGAGACCUCGAGGGAAAUUGCAUCAAGAAAGAAGUUAUUGUUCCAACACCUGAAGGUUCUACCAUUUUGGUUUCCAAUGCCUCUUUGACCACAUCAGUGCCCACCCCUGUUAUAAAUAGUACAUUUAUCCCCACAACCCUGCAGACUAUCUUUCCAGUAAGCUCUUCUGAAAACAGCACAUCAGCUCUAGCUGAUGUAUCAUGGACCCAAUUUAACAUCAUCAUUUUGACAGUCAUCAUCAUUGUGGUGGUGCUGCUGAUGGGAUUUGUGGGGGCCGUCUACAUGUACCGGGAGUACCAAAACCGCAAGCUCAAUGCCCCCUUUUGGACCAUCGAGCUGAAAGAAGACAAUAUCAGCUUCAGCAGCUACCAUGACAGCAUUCCCAAUGCAGAUGUGUCAGGGUUGUUGGAAGAUGAUGGCAAUGAGGUGGCUCCCAAUGGGCAGCUGACCCUGACGACGCCCAUACAUAACUACAAAGCCUAAGAAGCCAGAACUUCACUCCUGGCCUGUCAGACUGAGUGCUGGCUAAGGCAGCAUCAGCUCCUGGCCAAACAAAGCCUGGAUAGAGGUUGCUGAGAAAGCAAAGGCCUGUAGCACAUCCAAAAUUUUCAGGUGUAAAUUUGUAAUGUACUUGGCCUGUUGCUCUUAGUUUUCCAAUGAAGAGCUGAAGCAUUCACUGUCAGUGAGGACUUGAAGAAAAGUAUAUUUUUGUACCAAACCACGUGGGAGUAUAGAAAGGCUGAGCUCUGUAGUGCAGCCCAAAUCCACCUCCAAACAGAUUCCUGGGGAAGUGUUCACCGAACCAGAGGAAACAGGAUGAUAGAUGUGGAGGGCAAGAGACUCCCAGAAGACUUCCUCUCCAUUCCUGAAACAUUUGUUUUUAAGGGGGGUAGGGGAUGAUACUCAUUGUAUUGUCCAGAGGACAUCAUUGAGGAAAAGCUGAUGUCUGCUCUGUAUUGCAGUGAACAAUCUUGAUUGUUUUUACAAUAGGGACAGAAGAGAUCCAAGAAGAUCUGCAGGACUUGAUUUUCACUUCUAGAAUUUUUGCUGAAUGGUAGGAUUAAAGCACAGGAUAAGCUUCUAAUGACAGAGAGAGGAAGGCAGUGUCUGAGAGCAGGAAGCUGAUGGUCCUCCUUAGGAUCUCAGUGUAAAAUGAUAAGUUGUCUAAAAAUAAGGACUGUUCCUGCCUUUAGAGAAAUAAGGUGUAUAUAGUUAAUGUAGCAUAUCUGGUCAACAUUGCAUUUGUAUCUAUUUGUAAAAAAAAAUCAUGUCAUAUUUUAUCCUCUAGAAUUUAUUUGUACAGCAGCUAAUGGUGUAAAAAGAAAAUAUGGGAAUUGGUUAAAAUACUGUAAAAUAGAGGCAAUAUUGCUAGAGCUGGGACUCUGGUGAGCAUCAGUCAUUUUUAGUUCCUAUUUGGACAUUGUUGAAAUUUAUAAAAUAUUGAAUGUUUCUAAUCUUUCCUUCCCUUUCUCAAUCUAAAAGUAGAGUAAUAUGUACUUUGACUUACUCUAGACUCAAGCAAUAGAUUUUUAAUCGGUCAUAGUCAAGCUGGGACACAGGCUGUACUCUCCAAACUACUCACCUAUAAACAUUAGCCACUCUAUACAUUUUACAUAGUGAUGUAGAGCAUACCUUUAUCAAAGGAAGAGGUUUUUUUUUUUUUUUAAUUUAAAAGAUAGUCUUCCAAAGGAAUUAGAAGUAUUUUAGUUCCAAAAGAAAAGCCAUCAUAUCACUUGGGAUUCCCCAUUUUUGUGCCUGUCCUGUGAAAUACUUUUAUUCUUGCCCACCAGAAUAUCUCCAACAUCUGCUAGCCUCUCACUCGCGUCACGGGGCACGUGCCGCCACCUGCAGUGCUGCAGUCCUCCUCUCUUCUUGUCCCAUUAGAGGGGUAGUUGCGUGGGUGUGGUUAGUCCUUACUUUUAGAUGUAGUUUUUCCCUAGAGUCCAUCUAUCAUUGCCCUCAUCUCUUAUGAUAGUGACACGUAGUGGAUGAAGUAAGUCAGAAAAAGUAGCCAGAAGUCAAAUAUAGAUAUUUACUAGGAAGAACAGCAAACUAUCAAGUGGUUAGGACAAAAGCAAAGACUUAGUACAGUAGACCUAAGAAAUCCAAGUUGACAACUCUGUCUGACUUCUUCAGAGAAAGAUCUGGAAUUUGGUGUUCCCUCUAUAGGAGACCCCUAUGUCAUUCUUGGGGUUUGGAGAUGAUGUUCUGGAGGAUGUACAGACAUAUAAUCUCUUUCUGGUAACCCGAGGGAAUCCAUAUUCUUCGCCAUUGCUUGUGAGAGUAGAGAUUACUCUGUAUUACAUGACAUUAAAAUCAGUAACUGCAGUUUGUAAAGCGCCUUGCCAUAUGUACAUCCCUUGUUCCUCACCAUAGCCCCCUGAGGAAGUAAUUAUCCAUUUUGUAGGGGAGGUUAAAUGUCUUGUUCAAGGCAAUGCAAUAUGUCAUUAGGCUUGACAUCAGGACUCCUAACCCUGAAGCUCACAUUCUUUCAAUUCUGCUGAUGUAGAAAUUUCCAAGUCAUGGAUACAGGAGGCUAGAAGAGAGAGUCCCAUCUGUGAAUGUUUCUAUUUUUUGUAAAUACAAGGUGCAAUCCAGGGCCACACAGCUUGAAGGGCUUUGUGGAAUGAACACAGGAGGAUUACUAUCUGAAGCCAGUAUUGGUGAUAAGAAAACAAAGCUACCAGUUUCAUUAGAGUGAAUUAAUCCUUACAAGUUGGGAGGGGAUUCCUGCUUUCCCCAGCGGCUGCCACAUAUGUGUAUACAGAUGGUGCACUGCGCUUCCAAUGAAUUGUGGGAAGUGGCAGACCCUCUCCUAGAACUCUACGCUCUCAAAGUCAGGCACUGAGGAUGGUGAAAAAUAAACGUUGGUUCAAUAGCAGUUAAACCAGUAGAGAAAUAGGAGUGCUGUUAGGGUCUAAGAGCCACGCCAGUAGUCUGGAUUCUGGCCACGUAGGGAUUUUCUGACACAGACCUUAAAAGGUACUGCAGAGAUUGACUUACAAAACCUGUUUACCUUUAAACACCUAACAGCUCCCAGGUCAUAUUCUUAAUUUUUCCCAGUGGGGAAAAAAGUUAAGGCCUUAAAUUUUGUUUUAAAUAAUAUUCUUUAGUGUCCUCUGCUUUUUACAGGUGGAAAUAAUUUUGCUCUAAAAUAUCAAUCAAUCAUGAAGUGGUUUACCACCAAAAUCAAACUAGGAAACCAGUAUGGAAUGCGUUACAUAGCAUUCAUUCCUCUAAAGGCAUGAUCCCCCAUGAACCAUGGCAUUCAGCACAGGAUCCCAUCAAUCCUUUAGCAGACCUGCUACUGGAAGAAUUUUUUUGGUCUAAAGACUAGAAAUGUGUUUAUUUUCAAAUAAGGUAAGAUUAGUGUGAAUCUUAUUGAUAAAUAACAGGUACUGCUAUUUAAUGAUACUUUUAUUUUCAUUAAUUCAUUUCAGUGAGCCCUUGUGCAUUUCUGACAACCUAAGUAGUGUAGCUAGAUAUGUUGUCCUCCUUUACUUGCCCCUCCUUCCUUCCCUCCACCCUUUAGCUCCCAGAGGUCUCUUAUUAAUGGAAUUUCUCCAGUUGUAGAGAAAAAGGAUAAUAAAAACUAAACCUCGUUUAUACUAAGGUCCUAUGGACUUAAUGUGUUACUUUUAGGGGUACCUGAAUUUUAAGAGAGGAGAACAGAACAGACAUGGAAUGAGAGAAGAGAGAUUUUUGGGGGGAUAAGCCUCAAAUUGCAUGGCUAUUCUCUAGCCCCAGUAUUCCCAAGAAAAUUGACCGUUAAAGCAACACUCGCUGACCCAGAGUUCACUUUGGUCAGCUGAGUGCCUUCAGGACAUUUAGCCCUUCUUGUGCUGUUUUGGAGGAAGAGAAAUAAAGAAAUAGUACUUAAUGCUGUCAGCCUCAACUGGGACUGGGUUAUUAGAUCAUUCACCUUAGUCCUAAUUUUUUUUGUAGGCCAUAUAGUAAAUAUAACACCACUGAUAAUGAACAUUCCCUGGUUCUUAUAUUUUGAAAUAUGUGGAUGGGGGGUGAAUUUAUACUAUUCUCUGGCAAAAAGUUAAGAGAAGAAAAAAGCAACCCAGUAAAAGCUGUUAGAACAAGGAAAGCAUUCUGAAUUCACCCACAAAGAUCCUUUGGUGUGUUAUGAUCUUCUUGAUAUUAAGGCAUUUAGGAGGUAAAAUGAGUUUGGUGUGUGCAGGGGAGUAAUGAAAAAUGAAUGCAAGUUCUCUCUUUAACCCUGAGCCAAUGACUAUGCCAAGGGGAAAAGCAGGAAGAACACACCGAUUCACCUGAAGAAGUCAAAUAUACUAUCAAGUGGAAUAAAGGUUAUGGAUUAUUGAAAUGCCAGUGGUUAAAUGAUGCUUGUUCAAAGGCAGCUAGGGAUCUUCCUUGUUACUUGUAUGCAUAUGCAAUAACUGCAACAUGGCCUGAAAGUGAGCCCAGUGCUUCAGAUCUUGUUCCAAAAGUUAAAUGAUUGAAAGCUGAGUUUUAAUCCUAGGCAUAAGCACUCUGUAACUUGUAAAAUUUCAACCCAAGCAAUUUGGGAUUGUGUCUGAAACAUUAAACUUGUAUUUAUGUCACUAAAAUUCUAACACAAAUUUUAAAAACGUGUCUCAUACAUAUGCUGUCCUAGGCUUCAUUAUGCAUUUCUAAUUUGUGUAUGAUUUGAAUAUAUGAAAGAAUUUAUACAAGAGUGUUAUUUAAAAUUAUUAAAAAAAUAAAUGUAUAUAAUUUGUA